AUGGCUGCUGACUUUGUUGACGAACAUAGUGUUAAGGAGGAUGAAAAUGAUUAUGACAUUAUAAUUAUAGGAGCAGGUUUGGCUGGUCUUACAUGCGCAUAUAAUAUCUUGAAGAAAAAAAUUGGGUUAGAUAUAUUGAUCAUCGAAGAGAACAGCGAAGCAGGAGGUCGUAUUUUAUCGAGAAACUUUAGCAAUACUUACCAUGCUAAUUUCCUGCAGAAGCAUGUGACUGAACUAUUAAGAACGUUGCAUAUAAAAAUUAACGAAGGAUCUAUUGACUUGGCGAAAGAAAAAAUACUGUACACGAGAGAGAAAACCUUAAAAGUUUUACCCAAAUUUUAUGGAGCUGAGGUUCACAAUUUUCUUCGAAUGAUCGAAGAAAAUUCUUCAAAUAGGGAAUUCAGUUAUUAUACUGAUGAUGAGGAGGCGAAGCAUCUCGCUGAAACAAGCGUUGAACAGCUUCUUCGCAGAAUCGUUUACUUUCCCUAUGCACGUUCACUAUGUCGGGCAUUUAUUUGCAGUACUUGCGCCAUGCGAAAUCUCAACGAUAUCUCAGCACUUUGGUUUCUUGUCAUGCUGAACGGAUCAUCCGGUUUGAUAAAUCGACUGAAGAUCAUGAUAGGCGAUACUAAUCGAUAUUUCGUACAUGGUGGCAUGUCCAACAUAACUAAUACACUGUUAAAAAACAUUUUACGACAACAUGGCGAGAUAAGGUACGUGGAACCAGUUAAUAAAAUUACAUUCAACAAUGGUCGAGUCUACGUGUCGACAGAAAAGAAUCAUUUCAGAUGCGAGUUUGUAGUUAUAGCAGUACCGCCAUCGUUGCAAAGUCGAAUUGCUAUCGAACCUCCUGAAAAUUCAAUAAACUCCCACGCCUUAUAUACCUCAGCUGACAAUGUAUUCUUCAAUGUGACUUAUAAAAAGCCAUUUUGGAAUUCUAAUUCCACGCAAGAUAUCGUAACCACCUGGGAUUCGAAUAAUAACUUAAACAUAGUCUACGAUGCAACUGCUGGCAACACGGAAGAAUCUGUACUAGCUGGGUUUCUUGCCGAGUCUACUUUCAUACAGACGCAUAAAAAAGGACUGUUCGACACGUUAAACGAUUGUUACAAAACAAACGAAUCGUCAAAAUAUCUUCGAUACAAGGAAUAUGAUCAGUCGUUGAUGGACAAUGAAAUAAAGUUUGGUUGUCCUAUGAGCGUUCUAAAACCCACUUCCAUUGACAAUCAUAUCAACUACACUGGAACAUCUAACGACAGGUGCAAAAAUUUGUAUUCAACUGUCAGUGAAAUGAGAGAUACAUGUUAUUAA